AUGACGGUGAACAGAUUCGAGAAAGGAGGGGUUGGAGGUGGCCCCUCGGCUUGUGAUGGGCACUUCCAUUGCAACAAAGAUCACUGGGUGGCUCUUCCUCCUUCCACCUUUGAUCAUAACUCCAACUGUUUCCGCAAACUGAAAAUCAGUGCGCGAGGGAAGUCUACGGUGGCCACCGUCAUCGAUGAAUGUGCGAAGCCGUGCAAGGAUGAUAUCGUGGACGCCUCUGAAAGUGUUUGGAAAGCCCUCGGCGUGCACCACGGUGAUAAUGACUUCCGCCUCAUGCCCAUCACCUGUUCUGAUGGAUUUGAAUUGCUACUUCAGUGUACCGUCUUGGAACUACAAUUGAUAAAUGGUGUGCUUCAUGAAGGCGAUCAGAUUGUGCUCUGUGGAAUGCAGGGUCCCAUUGUAACAACUAUCCGUGCUUUAUUGACUGCACAUCCAAUGAAGGAGCUUCGAGUGAAGGGAUCUUAUCAACAUCACAAGGAGUUAAAGGCAGCACAGGGAAUCAAGAUAACCGCUCAGGGUCUUGAGCAUGCCAUAGCAGGAACUCAGUUAUAUGUUGUUGGACCUGAUGAUGAUUUAGAUGAUGUUAAGGAAGAAGCAAUGCAAGAUAUAAGCAAUGUAAUGUCUCGGAUUGACAAGAGUGGGGAAGGAGUUUAUGUUCAAGCUUCAACUCUUGGAUCUUUGGAGGCUUUACUUGAGUUCUUGAAGACCCCAGCUGUGAGCAUCCCGGUUAGUGCAAUUGGUAUUGGGCCUGUGCAUAAAAAAGAUGUCAUGCGUGCGAGUGUAAUGCUUGAGAAAAAGAAGAAAGAGUAUGCUGCAAUUUUGGCAUUUGAUGUCAAAAUUACUCCUGAAGCUCGGGAGCUUGCAGAUGAAGUUGGUGUCAAAAUAUUUGCAGCGGACAUUAUUUAUCAUCUGUUUGACCAGUUUAAAGCAUACAUGGACAAUCUUAAGGAGGAAAGGAAAAAGGAGGCUGCAGAAGAUGCUGUUUUCCCCUGUGUCCUGGGCAUUUUGCCAAAUUGUAUUUUUAACAAGAAGGAUCCUAUAAUUGUUGGUGUUGAUAUUCUUGAAGGCAUUGCAAGGAUUGGCAUGCCAUUAUGUGUUCCCACAAAAGAUUUCAUAGAUAUUGGCAAAAUAGCUUCAAUUGAGAUCAAUCAUAAAGCAGUUGACAUGGCUAAGAAGGGUGAAAAAGUGGGCAUGAAGAUUGUUGGGAGCAACGUUGAUGAAGCACAGAAAAUGUUUGGAAGGCAUUUUGAAAUGGAGGAUGAAUUUGUGAGUCAUCUCACUAGAAGAUCCAUAGAUAUAUUGAAAGAAAACUACAGGGAUGAUUUGUCCAAUGAUGAUUGGAAACUUGUGGUGAAAUUGAAAAAGCUGUUAAAAAUUCCUUAAGCCACUACUAAUGAUGCAUUGUGGGAUGGAGCUUUGGAUUGGAGCAAAACUCUGAUGAAAAUGGGAAGAUGCACCCUGCAACAUUACAAACACCACAUUCAGGAUUACAAAUGGUGAACUUUGUUGAUGCCAGAA